UGCUAUUGCUGUUGUCCUUGAUGUAUGGAAGAAACACCUGUAUGGGAUUGACGAUGGAAAUAGGCCUCUUGUAGACGGUUUGAAACGGAUACAAGCAGCUUUCAGCAUACAAUUGUGGGGCGUUUCAACGUGUGAGUCCAGAAGUGGCAGUUACUUGUUCAUGAGGUAAAAAAAAAUGUCGAGAAUGGAAAACGCAUCAUCAUCAUGACAUAGGGACAGGCUAAACAAGCAAUCAACAAAAAGAAAAAACACAAGCCACCAAUGAUUCAUCCUCUGUUCACAAAGUUCACAAGAGCUGACUCCUUUUACUUUGUCUAUUGUCUAAUCCAUAUCCCAAUCACCAUUCUGAUUGACUCAGGGUUAGCCAUUCCUAAGAGAUUCCAGCCAUACAUACAACAGAGUAUUAUUGAGUUCCACAUAUCAAACAACAAUGACUUUCUAUUGAGGUCUCCACCUGCGUGGUUGGUGUUCUUUGGAUGGAUUGAAGUGACGUUACAGCUGCCAUUAUUCUUCAUUGCUGCUUAUGCUUUGUACAAGAGAUCGCCAUCCAUAUACCCUUAUCUCUUUCUAUACGGAAUUGAAGCAUCAAUGACCACACUGUGCUGCCUCCUGAACAUUCUUACUGAGGGACAAGCGAAUGGUCUCUCAACAGGAGAGAUCUCAAACCUCUUUGGUGUUUAUCUUCCAACUUUCCUGAUUCC